CUUUUUCCUCUGCUGCCACUGAGUGCUGACAGACCUGCGGGGCUGAGAGAUGUGACAAAAAGCCUGCAAAAAUCGGACUGGGAUUGAACCGGGACUUCGGAAUAACGGUUGAUAAUUAAUAGUCAGAAUUAUAAUUAUUAUAGUGAUCUUAAAAGUGGAUUGAGAGGCCUGAAAACAAUUGGGAUUUUUGUCUGUAAGCGUUGCCUCACUCAGCAUUUGGACGGUUUCAAGCGAGACCAAGUGAAGGAUGAGGAGUAACUUUUAGGCUUCAUCUUUGCAGGUUUUAAAAGAAGCCUUAUCUCAGCACCUGGAACAUCUGGCAAGGAUUUCAUUGAGGACAGUCUGCGAUUGAAAGGAUUUCGAUUCUUGUCUAAAUCGGGAAUUACACAUCCAAACUGGGAUCUAUGAGCGGAAAAGUGGCGAAGCCUAAAGAAGACAAGGAUGCUUCCAAGGUCCAGGAUGACGCUGCCCCAGGUACCCAGGAGUACAUUAUGUUACGGCAGGACUCCAUCCACUCUGCGGAUAUAAGGAGUAAAGGGUCCCCCUUUCGUGCUAAGUGUCACGAAAUCUUCUGCUGCCCCCUGAAGCAAGUCGUCCACAAAGAGAGCACAGAGCCCGAAGAGCCCCAGCUGAAGGGGAUUGUGACGAAGCUGUACAGUCGACAAGGUUUCCACCUGCAGCUGCAGGCAGAUGGAACCAUUGAUGGAACGAAGGAGGAGGAAAAUGGUUACACCAUGUUCAACCUUAUUCCAGUGGGGCUGCGAGUGGUGGCCAUCCAGGGGGUGCAGACCAAACUCUAUCUGGCUAUGAACAGUGAGGGCUACCUGUACACAUCAGAACACUUUACGCCAGAGUGCAAAUUCAAGGAGUCAGUGUUUGAGAACUAUUAUGUGACAUACUCCUCCAUGAUAUACCGGCAGCAGCAGUCGGGCAGGGGCUGGUACCUCGGUCUGAACAAGGAAGGAGAAAUCAUGAAGGGGAACCAUGUCAAGAAGAACAAGCCAGCAGCCCACUUCCUUCCCAAACCUCUAAAAGUGGCAAUGUACAGAGAGCCAUCCCUCCAUGACUUGACGGAGUUCUCCCGCUCCGGCAGUGGCACACCCACCAAGAGUCGGAGUGCCUCGGCUGUACUCAACGGAGGCAAAGCCGUGAGCCAGAAUGAGUCAACGUAGCCCGGUAGCCGAAUCCAGGCCUGGGGCCGAACCAUGAAACCUUACCUCCAGCAGAGCGUGAAUCCAAGCAGACUUCUCUUUCCGAUCAGCGGUUCAGGACUAGCUACAACAACAAAACCACACCAACACCAUCAUUAAAAAAAAAACUGUUAGAUACCAUCCUGAUCAAUCAUCAACAAAACAGCAUUAAUAGUAAGACACUUAACAGCACAUACACCAUUCUGGACUAAAUUAAACAUUUUGUUUUGGGCUUGAGAUUUAUCAUUUAUUACCUUGAUCACUCUUUUUUGGUGAUGAUCACAUACCAGUUAGCUCAUCGUUAUCUUUUUUUUCUUAAUUUCCUGUGGACAAUAACUUUUCUUAGGUCAUGUAGACACCAAGCACUCGUGCAUCUGUCAGACAGGGACAGGAAGUUAGACGUGUAGGCAUUCAGGGCAGCCAGUAAUGGCGCUGGUCUACAAGGCUGCAGUGGUACAGUACAAAGCCCUGAUCUCUGUCUCAUCCAUGCUUCUGUGAAUACAAAGCCUAUAAACUACCUGGUGUGGCACAGCCUAGUGCUGCUGGGAUUGUGGCCAGCCAGAAGGUAGCUCUCCUGCGUCCUAGUGCACACGCUCAGAGACUGAGCUCUCUAGCAUGGGAAAAUGAAGCCUAUGUUCAGCUGACCUGAAAUAUAAAAAAGGGACAGCGUGGCUCUCUUGCAGUUUUUGUUUCCUUUCAGAAAUGCCACAGCUGCACCUUGGUUUUUUGCUAAUUUUCUGAAUUAGCUGAGAGCUGUUUAUUUGAUAACUGGUUUUGUUUUUGUCCCCUCUUGUUCUCUUCCCUUACCAUUGUUCAGUAUAUGUAUUUUUGUUCCUGUUUCAUCAUUGAAAGGGGUUCCAGCAAACCAAAGACAGAACGAAAGAGUGUCCCUUUAAGCCGCUGAAAACCAAGCCAGUAGAAAGGCAAAGCUGGAAUUUUUUUUUUCAUUGUACAUUUUUGAUGAAAAAAAGCAAAGAUUUUGUGGAAAAAAGGAACAAUGGACAAAGGAAGUGAUUUUAAACACUUUGAAGUUGGCAGCGUGCUUGAUGUUGUGCUUUUUGCUGAUAUGCUCGACGGUCAAGGUCUGAAACGACUAGUAUGUGUCCCCAUUCCCUUCUGUUACCACUGUGUCACAAUGUCUCCGUCUCUUGUCCUCGUGAUUUGUUUCCUCUCUCUGUGCUUGUGUCAUACUUCGCACCCUCCGCCAUCCUUUUUUGUCGACUUAUACUGACUGACACAGUUCACCAUAAGAAUAUGGUGCAAGCCCUUUCCCAGGAUGCUUGUUAUGUGUUUGAGUAACUUAUUGUGGUGACAAUAUUUUCUAUAUUUAAAAAAAGAAUACUGUGGACUUUUAGGUGGCUUAACAUUUUAUAGGACACGUCAUAUUUGUAAAAGUGAAAAAAAAGAAAAAAACAUACAAAAAUGAACAUCUUCCCUUUCUUGCACAGGGCAUGUACAAACACAAUUAUGUACAAAAAGGACCCUUUUUGUGGGCUAGGUACUCUUCCCUUACGCUACAUAACUUCUUCCUGGUACAUGCUUCUGGAAGGUUUUCUUUUCUUGGUUUCCUCCAGAGGUUGUAUUAGGUGAACCUAUCUGUUGCAUGGGAGAAAGCAGGGAAAUUCUGGUCUAGAGCUGCAUGAUGUAGGCUAUGUGUAUUAACCCAUGUUGGAUCAUGUGUUCCAAACUACCAGGCUAAAUCUGAUAAAACAACAUUUACAGGCAGACAUUGUGGCUGCCUGAUAACUUCCAGUUGUUUAUUAUUUGUUGUAUACACAAAAAUGCACUGAAUAAAAUGUUUAUAUUAAGAUUUA